CCUUGUUCUCCUUUUCAAGUCAAAUGUCACAUUGACUCAAAUCCGGUGUUGGAAGCAUGUGGGGAACUGCAGCACAUCAGCCCGGCGCAAUGUAUCCAUCAAACUGGAAGGAAGCCCAAAACCAAAACUCCACUGGCCAAAAUGCAUCCUCUGCAGAAACCCCAAGUACCUCCUAAGCCUGUCCAUCUCAAACCUGGGCAGGAAAGAAUUCCUCCUGCACCUUCUCGGCCUUUGCCAGCUGACCCCAAGUCAUCGAGGAGCUUAGCACCUGGAGAGGAAGAAAUACCAAUAUCGGCAGGAGUCAACACCCUCAUUGAGAAAUUUGAAAGUAUUAGGCAACCUGUACAUGUUCUUCAAAGAAACCAACUAAAUUUAGCUCUUAAGAUGGAACCUGGCCUGGACUCAUCCAAACAACCAAGUUCAUGUGACUGUGACAUGGUGGCUUCCAGCGGCUCUUCCACAAAUGAAAAAAGCGAACCAGAUGAAAAUGAGCCAGAUGUACCGUGCAGUGCAGAUCUAUCUAACACAGACAUAAUGAAAAUUAAAGAGCUAAGCAUAGGCGAUAACAAAAGCCAUGAAGACUGUACUGCUGUGACUGUGAGCAAAGAGCCCUCUGGAGAGCUUGGCAAUAAAGACUCAACUGCAGAACUGAACGGUAAUGGUAAAAUUCCCAACAGAGACAGUGGCAUCGACAGUCCUUCUUGUAGUGUGGCAGGGGAAACCUUCCCAAGCGAAGACAGUGCAGAGCAAAAGAAGCCCAGUGUGGCUGGGAACCCAGGGGAGAUGGAACCUGACAAAAAGGGCACCAAACCUGCCUCUGCGGAGCAGAAGAGAGACUCCACACAGGAUGAAGACAGUGACAUUGAUGAAGGAAGCAGCGAGGAACAAGAGACAGCAGAAGUGCCAAAGUUAGAAUAUUUGGAUGUAAACAAG